UCCGUGUGAUGGAUUUGAGUACAAUUCUAUUAACUAUUGUUAUUUGUCUUGUAUUGUUUUGGAUAAGAUGGAGAAUAUGGAAAAUGAAUAUUUUUCAAAGAUAUGGUAUUCCUGGACCAAAAGCCAACUUUAUUACUGGAAAUCUAUCAGAGUUUAUAAAGAAGAAAAACAAAUGUUUUGCAGAAUGGAGAGAAAAAUAUGGAAAUAUUUUCGGUUUCUUUUUAGGUGGAAAACCUUGUAUCGCGUGUUUUGACACAGAACUCAUUAAACUUCUACAGAUCAAGGAGUUCAAAAUAUUUUCUAACAGAGAUGUACUGCUUCCAGAUGCUGGAAUUUCACAUAAAUUGGUUAACCACGCGCUCCCAUUAGCAAAAGAUAAAAAUUGGAAAAAUAUGAGAUCUAUUUUAACUUUCUGUUUCAGCUCAGCAAAAAUAAAAAAGAUGUGCAACCUGAUUUCCGAUUCAAUACAAACUUUUAUGGAAAAAAUUCAAAAACAAAAACUAAAACCUUUCGACAUUGCUGACUUUUAUAAAAAAUUAACAUUCGAUAUAAUAUGUAGAAUAACAUUUGGAAUUAAAACGAAUGUACAAAACGAAGAGACAAAUAAAUUCGUUAAUUCAGUUCAUAAAAUAUUUACUGUUGAUUUUGAUAUACUGGUUACUUUAUCAAUUUGUUUUCCCGAGUUUGAACCAAUUCCAACUUACAUUAGAAGAAUCAAAGAUGUCAUCAUUGACACAAUGAAUUAUCCUUCGUUCAAAUUUGUUUUCGAAUCUAUCCAGAAGUUUGUCAGCACUCGAAAAGAAACAAGAUAUCAUUCAUCGGAUAUUCUACAGAUCAUGAUAGAAGCGGAAGACGAUACAAAUCCAAUAAAAAGUCUUACAGAGAAACAAAUAAUCGCAAAUGCUGUUACUUUCUUAGCAGCCGGAUAUGAUACUUCCAGCAGUGCCUUAUCAUUUUGCUCUUAUCGCCUUGCUCAAAAUCCCGAAAUACAGGAAAAAGUUCGCCUAGAAAUUAACGAAAAUGUCAAAAAUAACAAAAGCAUAGAGUACGCAGAUUUGAUGAAUUUUAAAUAUUUGGAUUAUGUGAUAUCAGAAACACUUCGCCUUCAUCCCGUUUCAGCCUUAACUGUCAACAGAAUUUGUUCAGAAGAUUUUAAGUACAAAGAUAUUACAAUUCCAAGAGGAACUACAAUUAUAUUUCCAUUACCGAGUCUCCAUACAAAUGAAAGUUUUUGGCAGGAACCCGAAAAGUUUAAUCCCGAUAGGUUUUUACAUAAAAAUGAAGUAACAAACGAUUCUUUAAUUUAUCAACCUUUUGGAGCUGGUCCGAGAUCAUGUAUAGGUGUGAGGCUGGCUCAAACAGUUAUGAAAUUAACUUUGGCUAAUCUCAUUCGAUAUUUCAAAAUCGAACUACAUGGAAAUUCGGAUAUCGAAGAGGAUAAUUCAUUGUUUGUAAUUCAUCCCAAAAAUGGAGUUAACAUUAAAGUAUUUCCAAUAACAUCGUGAAAUUUCCUAUGAAAAUUUCACAUGCUUUCAAUAUUUUUAAUAGUUGAUAAAAUGAAACUUUCGUAAUGUAUUUACAGAAAUCAAAUUAUUUAAAAUGCAACUUAGUAAAAUUCAUCAGAUUAAAAUUUGUUGUA